AUGUCGGCGUUCAUUACUCUACUCGAUAUUGUUUGUCCACCAUUUCGUGAUUUUGUCAGUGAACAAUUACAGUCACAAGUGAAUCUUAAAAGCGAAGAUAAUCUUGAUCACCAGCAAAAUAGUAUUCAAUCUGAUGCUUCUCAAGUAGUAAAUGAUAUGGAGAGAUUUGAAGCACAGCGACAGCAAAUUCAGGAAGCUCUCAAUCGCCAAACAUAUCAUCAAUUUCGAGCAUACGCUCAACAGCAAUUUGUAGGCGACCCUAUUCAGGUUUGA